UUAAUUUCAGAGCAUCCUGUAGAGCGAUAAAUACAAGAAACCGGCGUCAUAUCGGUCAUAUGAAGAGAUAGUGGAUUUAAGGGCGUGUACAUACAUAUAUACAUAAAUACUUAGCGCAAAAUAACGUGUGUUUUCGCUUCUUGCCUUCGCUAUGUCGCAACGUUUUUAGUUUCUUAGUUUCUUAGCUUCCAAACCUUCGCAUUUCCUCUUUGCCUUUUACAUAAAAAUCAUUGUGAAGAAUGGGUCAACGUGUCUCAAGAACAGACUUCGAGUGGGUGUAUACAGAAGAGCCGCAUGCUUCUAGACGCAAGUUAAUUCUAGAGAAAUACCCACAGAUUAAAAAAUUAUUUGGAUAUGAUCCAAAUUUUAAAUGGAUUGUAACUGGAAUGGUAUUACUGCAGUUUUUGUCAUUUUUUAUUGUCAAAGAUUUAAGUUAUCCAAAACUUUUGCUAUUAGCAUAUUGCUUUGGUGGUGUAAUAAAUCAUUCUCUUAUGCUUGCGAUACAUGAAAUUUCUCAUAAUCUUGCCUUUGGACAUGCCAGACCUAUGGCUAACCGACUGUUUGGCUUUUUUGCAAAUUUGCCAAUAGGAUUACCAAUAUCUAUUAGUUUUAAAAAAUAUCAUCUUGAACACCAUCGUUAUCAAGGUGAUGAGAAAUUAGAUACAGAUUUGCCAACAUUAUUAGAGGCAAAGUUGUUCAGUACAACUUUUGGAAAGUUCUGUUGGGUAUUAUUGCAACCAUUCUUUUAUGCAUUCCGACCUCUUGUAACAUAUCCAAAAAUACCAACUUCUUUAGAAUACAUCAAUUUAAUUAUACAAUUGACAUUUGAUGGUUGUGUGUGGUACUUUUUUGGUGGUAAAGUAUUGUUUUACUUGUUUAUUGGCUCAUUUAUGGCAAUGGGAUUGCAUCCUGUGGCAGGACAUUUUAUAUCAGAACAUUAUAUGUACAAAAAAGGUUUUGAGACAUAUAGUUACUAUGGGCCCUUGAACUUCAUCACUUUCAAUGUCGGAUAUCACAAUGAGCAUCAUGACUUUCCUGCAGUGCCUGGUUCUAGAUUGCCAGAAGUGAAACGUAUAGCUGCAGAAUUUUAUGAUAAUUUGCCACAACAUAAUUCAUGGAUAUCUGUUUUGUACGAUUUCGUGAUGGAUCCUGAAAUUGGGCCAUAUGCAAGAAUGAAAAGGAGGCAUCGUGGAUUAGAUCAAUAGAUAUAUUAAUUUCUCAAAUUUUCUAGGAAUGUAUAAUUUCUCAAAUUUUCUAUAGAAAUAUAUACUCAUAAGAUUUAUAUUUA